CUGCGCAAGCAUGAGAGUAAGAUAAGUUUUCUAUUCCACAUAUUUCACAAUACCAAAAUCAGUCCUCUUAAGACUAAUACUUACAGAUAUUGAUGCUAAAAUCAAAAUUAUAUUCGAAGAAACAAGCUUCUUCAAUUUUCAGUCGACAUAUGCUAGUCAGAACCCUUCCAACAAGAAAAAGAAAUGAGGGAUCGACAAAAUUUAUCAAAGAAUCUUCCGUUGAGCUCCGUUGCUUAACACAGAUCCAUAUAGUGCUUCACUACAACAUGUCCUCGUGGUAAAGAUGAAGGCCCAGUCCCAACCGAGCGCAAGCUCGACGAAAUGCCAUUGCUUCUGCCUUCUGCACAGGAUCUCCAUAGCCUGCAUUGUCCACUGAAGCAGUCCCUGUUGACUCCCUAUAUA